AUGAUGGCGCCAUCGCGGAAGACAGCGCCCAAUGCUGUGCCGCGCCAGCACCGCGCCGCUGUGCUCAGAGCAGUCGCUGCUCUCAUGGCUGCUUUCCUCCUCCUCCCUCUCACUUCUACCACGAAAGCUCACCAGGUGGACCUGGCGAUGUGGGACAAUGCGGAUCUUCUGCUCGGCCCUUCCAGCUCACAGGCAGAGCCAAUCACGUGCCUCAACGGGGGCACCCUUGUUGGCGACCACUGCAUCUGCCCCCUCUACUACACCUCAGCGAACUGCUCACAGAGGCAGUGCCCCAACUCGAUCGGCGGCACAGGACCGCACCGCGUGUCGCCCGUCAACCCGAAGAACAAGUUAUGCGAACACUGCGACGAGAAGGACUUCGCUGGCCUCAGCUGUCAGUUGUGUCAAAACAAUGUGGCGUGCAGGCAGUACGCUGGCAGCUCUGCGGAGUGCGACAGCAGCAUGGUCAUCCGUAGCGACAACAAACAGUUCCAGUGCAAGCUAAACAACGAAUUCUUCAUUCGGCUCAUGGGUGGCGGCCGCAAUAUCACUGCAGAGAUCAUGCUCAACUGCUCCACAUCAGACGGCACCGCCUUCAGGAGGGGUGACCAAGGCGUGUGCAACAUGGCCAUCUAUCGCAUGGAGCCGAACCAGAGCUACCUCGAUCCUUUCUUCCGCUGCAGAGCGGACCAGUGCUCGCUCAAGUACGGUAAGAGGGACCCUGAUCCGAGCAACACCAACAGGAACACGCUGUGGCAGCGCUUUUUCCGCAUAACACGCACCACCGGACAGAUUGUGCUCAUCAUGGAGUGCGCGUUGCUCGCGCUUCUCGGUGCCUUCACGAAGCUCCUCGGGCCAUCCCGCACCAAGUUCACCUCUGUGACUCUGGCCUCUAUGAUCACCGCCACGGUGCUGCUGUAUAUCUUAUUGAUGAUCAUCGGUAUGCAAGCCAUCUCGAACCCGGAGGACACCAUCAUAUACGAAUGCAAGAAGACGCAGUGCGCCUGCGCCGAGGACCCACCAGCGCAGUAUGAACCGAUAUGCUCGACGACAGCGGCGUUGAAUGACCAAAUCCUUCCAUCGAUCAGGAACAGCAUCCGCUUUACCUGCGGGCAGAGCAGCUCAAGCUGCGAGCUGACGCUGUCCGAUCUCUCGCUGGUGUUCCAGGCGAGCUGCUACGCCUCUGAGUGCGUCGACGCCGACCGCUUCCCUGGUGGCCCGUCGGACGACGACGGCGGCGGCGGUGCUUCCGUCCUGGCGAAGCAGAAUCUCGGUAUCCUUCUUGCCCUGCUGGUGCUGCUCGUGGCGAGCGCGGUUGGGAUUCACUAUUACUACACCUGCAGUAUCUCCAGCCAGCGUGCCAAGGAGUUCCUCGUCACCUUCCACAUGAAUACCCCGCACAGCGACCCCAACGACGGUCACAACGAAGGUGGCGGCCCAGCUCUCGUGAAUGAGACCCACGUGCAUCUGAACAACAGCGUGAGUAGCCCCGCCAGCGGACACGAGCAGUCAUCAUUGCUGUACGACUCGCCAGCACCGCGCGCCGAGCACUGGAGUUAUAUUCCACGGGGAUCUUCCCGCAACAGCCGUCGCUCUGAGAGCACCUCCUCUCUUCGUGCGAGCGUGUAUGAGCAGGCGCGAGCCUUGACGCCGCAGGAGUGCGCGCGCAUUGAGAAGGUGCGCCGACUCGCUGCCACGCCACUGAAGCUGCAGGUUUCAGAGCUGCAGUACACCUUGAAAGCACCUUGGCUGGGGACUGUGGAAGAAGGCUCACAACGCACGGUGCUUCACCGCAUCAGCUUCACUGUGCACUCGGGAGAGGUAUUGGCUAUCAUGGGACCUUCCGGUGCCGGCAAAACCACGCUGCUGGACCUGCUCUCAGCCCGCGCAAAGUCUGGAGUAGUUGGCGGCACAAUUUCCCUGAACGGCACGCCAGUCACCACUACGGGUGCCCGUACAGCACAAUACCGCAGCAUCAUCGGCUACGUCUCCCAGGAGGACACACUGCUGCCGUCCUUAACUGUGGAGCAGACGAUCCUCUACGCCGCACGUCUAAAACUGCCAAGGGCGCUCUCACCCAGCACUGUGCGUCACAUCGUGAAGCACAUCAUCGAGACGCUGAGGCUGCAGCACUGCGCGCAGACGCUCAUUGGCGACGAAAGGACACGCGGCAUCAGCGGUGGUGAGAAGCGUCGCGUGUCUAUCGCGGUGGAAUUGCUGGCGAAUCCGCGCAUUCUGUACCUUGACGAGCCGACGAGUGGGUUGGACGCAGUGAGUGCGAAGCACGUGAUAGAGACGGUGGUGGAGCUGGCGAAGGACUCAGUGAUGGGCGUAUAUGCCACGCACUACUUCGCAUUCCGGCCCAUCGUUAUCUUCAGCAUCCAUCAGCCCUCUCAGGAAAUCUACGAGCUUUUUGACAAAGUGCUGCUGCUAUCACAGGGAAUGAGCAUCUACUGUGGCCCCGCCGCAGCAGCUGCUGCGACGUUUGAGCAGCGCGUCACGGCGGCCUUCGGUAACACGCGAGAGGUCCCGAGGAAGGAGUUACACAACAACCAGGCCGAGUACCUCAUGAAAGUCGAGGAGAUGCUCGACGACGCCGUGCGCACGGAGCUGCAGGAGGCGGCCGCGCUCGAUAUCACUGACACCACGAAUAUGCUUUACAGGAGCACCUCGGCAGACCGGUCUGCAGUGACUUCGGCCCGUACGCAGGUGCCACCGUGCCGCAGUCCCGUGGCACCAAACUCGCACCCGCCGUUACUGCCCCACAACUUCACAGCUCUCGACGACGACGAUGAGCAGGUGAGUGGGGCCGACAUACUCAACCUCACUUUUAGCUUCCGCAUGUACUAUGCGAACGUGUAUGAGCAGCUGCACCUGCUCGUGUCCCGCUCCAUUACAUGUCUCUUUGGCUCCUUCCACCUGGUGGUGUGCCACGCGGCCGUGGUGGCGUGCCUUGCGAUGCUCAUGUGCGUCCUCUACCGCGAGCAGGCACUCGAUCUUCCCGGGUCGCUGAACCGUGCCGGCUCCGUGUCGUUUCUACUUCUCGUCACCUCCUUCGUGUCUCUUAGCUGCCUCGAGCAGCUUAUCCCCGAGCGGAAGCUGUUCAACGUGGAGCGGGAGAACGGCUUCUAUACCACAUGGCCGUACCUCAUCUCCAAAAUGGCUGUCGACAUUAUCCCGCUUCGCAUUAUCCCCGCCAUGGCGCUCACCUCAAUCAUUUACUUCCCCAUGGGCUUCCGCGUCGACGCUGGUCUGCACUUCUUUUACUUUAUCCUCAUCAUUGCACUGUUCUCCAUUUCCAUCACGAUGAUAAUCCUGUGCAUCGGCAUUGUCAGCGGCACUUUUGGCACCGCUGUACUGCUCAGCAGCGUCUUCAUCUUGUGGAACUUCGUCUUUGGUGGGGCGCUAGUGCAAGCCGAGACGAUCCCGUUAGCCCUGCGCGCCUUCAAGUCCAUUUCGCCUUUCUUCCUCGCUUUUGAGUCGCUCAUAGUGAACGAGCUCAACGGCCAGCACUGCGUCUUCUCCCCGACCGACGAAACGGGCAAUAAGUCGUCGGAGAGCAUCCCGAUCAUGUGUGUGCAGUACCUCACAAACAUCGGGCUGAAGCCGGAGCGCUUCAACGCAGAUGUGCUGCAGCUGGCGGUGUACUGCCUCCUUUUCGUGGCCCUUGCCUGGGUGCUGCUCUCCACCUGCUCAAAGCUCGUUCGCUAG